UUGGUCACUUGGCUGAAAGUGCAUGUGAGUGAGAGUUGGUCCCUGCCCUAGAGGGGGAGAGAAGACAGGGAGAGUUUAAGGGGAGAAGAGAGGGAAGGAAGCAAGAUAGGAGACAGUAAAAGGAAAGUCAGAGAGUGGGGGAAGUAAAGUCAGUUUAGGGAGAGAACACAGAUUAUCUGCAGCUAGCAACAUAGAGAGAAAGAAGAACAAGAGCCAUAAAAAGGAAAAGAAGGAAAGAAAAUCACUGGAAGUGUAAUUAGAGGAACUAGAAAGUUUUUGAGAAGUUUCUAUAAAAGAGAAGGAAUAGUCUAUUAAGUGAGGAAAAGUCAUCAUUUCAGGAGGGGAAAGGAAAAGGAAAGGCGAAGGGAGCAGGGCAAGGGGCAUGGACAGGGAUCUUGGCCUGGAUAAGUCAGGACACCCUAACACUAUGAGGAUUUUGGAAGCUCCAGAACUUCCCCACAGCAGGAAGAACUUUAGUGUCAGUCACCUCUUGGACCUGGAGGAAGCAGCGGCUGCAGGGAUGCACAGCUCCCGGGAUCUCAGGCCACCAAACGAGGAAGAAGACAAGGAUCCCAUGACAGGGGGCAGCAGUGAUAGCGAAGUGACAGUGCAGGAAGGUGAGAGCUCUAUCUCCGGCUGUACCAAAAGUGCAAGGAUUAAAAAGAAGCAGAGGAGGAACAGAACCACAUUCAACAGCAGCCAGCUCCAGGCCCUGGAGAGGGUGUUUGAGAGAACCCACUACCCCGACGCUUUUGUACGAGAAGAUUUGGCGCGGAGGGUUAAUCUGAGCGAAGCCAGAGUACAGGUCUGGUUCCAGAACAGGCGAGCCAAGUUCCGGAGGAAUGAGAGAGCCAUGCUUGCCAGCCGCUCAUCUUCUCUAUUAAAAUCUUACAGCCAAGAUCCCAUCGUGGAACAACAGAUAAGUCCCCGACCAACCAGUCUGGCACCGGAGUUUUUGUCCUGGAAUUCUAACAGCUACAGCGCCAGUUUGCCGCCUUAUAACCCAAACACCACCUCUGCUCAGAACACACUGCCAACCCAGGGAGUCAACAUGGCCGACAGUAUCGCCAGCCUGCGCCUCAAAGCCAAAGAGUUCAGCCUGCACCACAGCCACGUGUCUACUGUUAACUGAGCCCUGGUUGAACAAAGAGAAGACUCAUUUCAAGCCAGCCACGAGGCACAGGGUAUGCUGGACAUGCCACAGAUGAGCCCAUGGCCACCAGCAAAAACUGUGGCUCCAUUUCCAAGCUCCUUUUACUGCAAGAAGAUACUGCGCUGUAUUUGACAAUCGGACUGGAGUCCAGAGCAUGCAGCCACAAAAUGGUCGCCCUCAACUGGUGACAUGCCAUGACAUGAUAUGUAUAGGCCGGGCUACGUCUAAGGUCCGAACAUUGAUCCAGUGGACGGGACUCUUGAGGCAUAUUUUGUGACUGUAGAUAUUUCGUACUUAGACUUUUUCAUCAUUAAUCAGUAUGUUUUAUCCAAUUUGUCCUGUCAAUCCUCAUUUUUCUUCUUAUCACUUAUCUGUGCUUCUCCCAUGUCUCUGUGUCACCGGUAUGCACUGUAUAUAUGUAGAUACAUACUGUGCCUUGUAAAUAUAUCCUUUUAUACAAUACUCCUUAUCUUUGGGGCAGACAUGUAUGCAGAUUUGGAUUGGAUAGAAGUACUUUUCCCCAUUUUUCGGCAGUCAGACAGCAAUGAUGUAAAAAAAAAAAAAAAUCUAAUAAUAUGAUUAUUAUAUGACCUAUGCUCUGUUUGAAGGAUAACUAAAACUUAGGAAUAAUGUUUUAUAGAAUAAGUAAACUGUGUUGUCUUACUGCCCUCUUAGAAGCAAUGUAAGUUGUAAUGUACCUGUUUUACCUGUUUACAUAACAUACAUUUCACACAAUUGGGAAUCAGACCAGAACUUUGUUAUUAAUCUGGAUACUAUAUAUAUAUACAGCACAGUACAUACCACUGUUUCUCAAAUAAUUAUUGCAAGCCGUCUUUAGGACUAAGACUUAUAUACGGAUGUAAGUUUCUUUAUUUUAAUCAUUUAUCACGUUAACUCUUACAUGGAGUAUUAAAAUAAAUGUUUUAUUGUUUGUAUUUGGUUCCACAUUAAAGUGUUCCAAUGACUCUUGCACAGAUGAAGCUGCCAUUUUGUAAACUCAACCAAUACUUAGGAGAAUGUAGCCUAUUAAUGUACUAGGAACUAUUAAUAUCAGGUAGACAUGAGGUAAUCCUGAAUAGCCAUUAGUGGUACACUUUGGUGUACUUAUACUGCCUCACUGAUGCCACUGGUUCUCUGGCAGUGUUCUCCUGAAUAUAUGAUACAAAAUGGCUGCCUGCACUGUGCUUAAUUGAUGGGUAUAAUUCAAGUGUUUGGCCUUCAGGAAGGCUUGGAAAACGUAUGUGAGUUGAGUAUACAAUCAGGGUACAAUUGACUGCAAUAUGGUACUUCAUAUUAAUGGGGUAGGACAUGUGAAAGUAAGGCAAAUCCUUUCUUUAGAAAACCAACAGGCACUUAAUGAGAUUUCACUGUGACAGAUUAUACAUACAAUCAUUGACAUAUGUACUACACCGCUAUACAUUUUCUCCACUGUUAGGUACUAUUUUUAAUAAAAAAAAUAAAUACAAAAAUUAUAAUUUUGAAAUAUAACAAAGCAAAUAAAGUUUACUAUUAGAACUGGCAUUUUUCAAAAAAAUUUUUGUAAGGGAAACAUUAGCAUUUAAAGUUUUUUUGGAAUAUUAAUAUGAAUGAGGGAAUUCACACUGAAAAUGUAUUUAAUGCUUUUAUAUAAAUGUUUAGGAAAACAUAAGAAUAAAUAAUGAACAUAAACAUUCACAUAUUUACACUUAUUAAAUAUUGCUGUGGAAGCUGUCAUAUAAUUGCUUUCUCAAUCAUCCAGAUGCGAAAUGCCAUCAAGAUGGUCGGAGAACGGGCCUUUCCCAGCAACUAACAUUGCCACAUCAAUCCCACACAGUUGAGGCAUGUAAGAAAGUUAGGGAUAUUGGGCUACUGUAAAUUUUGGGGAUAUGCACAGCAGAACCUUGUAGUGGCACAUCACCAAAAAUGUAGAGCUCAGUCAAAAAUGGCCCUUAUGAUCUAAUCCAGAGGUUCUCAAUAGCGGCUUUUAUCUCCAACCAAGGCUAGUAAAUAGACCCCUUAAUUAGUACCUCAGUCAAUUUAAUUUUACCAUUUAUGCUGAGCCAUGGAUAUAUUUAAAACAUGGACCGUUGGGGUGCCUUGAGGACCACGUUUGAGAACCUCUGAUCUAAUCUAUUCUCCACCAAUAGGUGUUAGACAAAACAUGUAUUGGAGAUGGAGGUUUGCUUGUGGGUGUGGUAUAGAGGAUCUACAGUCUUUAGGUUGACAGUAAAUAGGUUGACACCAAAUGGUUGACAUGCAUUAAGUCGACAGGUACAGUACAAUAGGUCGACAGGUUAAAAAGGUCAACAGAUAAAAGGUCAGUAGGGGUUAACGUUGACAGGUACAAAUGGUCGACAGGGUCAAAAUAUCAACAUGCCAAUGGUCGACACACAAAUGGUCAACACAAGCUUUUUCCAUUUUUGGGGUCAAAUCUUGUAUAUUUGGUAAUAUGUGACAACCAUCAGUAGAAACGUGUACCCUCGUCGGCUCGCUUUCCUGACCAUGCUUCGAGCAAGUUGUCUCGUUCUGCCAUAGGUUACUAUUCCCAAUCCUAGUCCACGUGGAUAGUAAAUCAAGCAAAUGUUGGAAAAAAAGUAGAAAAGGGAAAAAAAAAUUAUUGACCAUUUCUGUUUCAGCCAUUGCCAUGUUGACCUUUUGAAUCUGUCGGCCUUUGCACUUAUCGACCUUAAGCGCUGUCAACCUUUCAUCAGUUAUCUUUUGUAUCUGUUGACUUAAUACAUGUCGACCAUAUGGUGGCGACCUAUUGACUGUCAAAUUAUACAUUGUCUAUCUAUCAUCCAGGUACCUUUACUUGUUUUAAUGGAGAUUGGACAGAUUUACUAAAUAAAAUGUAUCAUAUAAUUUCAUACUUAAAAUGAUUUUUCAGUGUGAUGUUCCGUCAAUGCAAUUGACCCUUUGAAAUUGUGGCCAACGACUGAUUCAAAAAAUAUAUAGCGACAUCACAAAGUGGAAAGACUAUGAAGGUACUGCCGCCGACAACGCACGUGGAGAAUAAUUCUGUUUAUCUGUAACUGAUAUUCCUACUCUCAGAUUCAUUCUGUUGUUUACAAGAACAACUUGUUUUAUUAAACAGUAUUAGGAACUGCUAAA